GAUUCUUUGGUUCAGUAAUCGAGUGCAGUCGAACCGGGACAACUACACCCGACUCAGAGCGGCCGAACUUCUCGAUAUAUUCUCUCAAAUCCAAGCUUGAGGUCCAUCUGAAUCAAGAUUUCUCUAUCUACUUCCAGAUUCAAUCAACCAUGGAUAUCCUCGCCACAUCUUUUGCCAUCCUCCCAGCCGAGGAAGCCGACAUACCAGCGUUGGCUGAAACUUUGACCUGGUCACACAUAUCCGAAGCUGUAAUGUCUUUCUUCUUCCUCGACUGGCCUCGAACCGACAUUAUGCUGCAGUACAUGGCCGAUCGUCUAGCCGGGAAGUUCGCCGAGCCGCAAUCGAAGAUCUUCAAAGCGGUUGACGCGACCUCGGGGGCAAUUCUGGGAUUGGUUUGCAUGACGCUUGAAACAGGAGAGGAGGUGGCUGAUAGAAAGUUCACAAGUCCGGGGACGUUUGAACCGCCACCGGGGUUUGAUUGGGGGUUUGCGCAGAUGGUGGUAGAGGGGUUGGGCAAGUUGGAUUGGAAUAUGGUGGGGAAGAAGCAUUAUAUGGUUUCCUCCUUGGCUGUGGAUCCCAAGCACCACAAGAAAGGGUUGGGGACGAGGCUCAUGGAUCAUUGUCAUCAGAUUGCGGAUAAGGAUGGCUUGGCGAUUUAUCUCAAUGCUUUUCCAGGAGCUCACCAUCUGUAUUUGAAGUGGGGCUAUGAGAAUGUUGAGAAGUUUGACGUGGAUUUGGGCGCGUACGGUGAGAAGUAUAGGGGCUUUGGUAUAUACAGGACCUGGGCUAUGAUCAGACAACCGAAGAAGAGAUGA